AUGGGAGCAAAAGAGGAGGCGAAGCAGUUGAUAGAAAAAAGAGAUCAACUUGAUGCAGAAAUUGAAAACAAUUUUGAGAUUCUGAAGAAAAACGGUUCUACAAUGGAUUCACCCCUCGUGGAUCAGGAAGGGUUUCCAUUCAGUCACAUUGAUGUGUACAGUGUUCGCCAAGCUCGUCAUAAGAUCAUUUGUUUGAGGAAUGAUCGCAAAGCUCUCACAGAAGCAAUAGAAAAGGCUAUUGAACAGUCACAUGCUGAGGUUCGGCAACAGGAAUCGGAAUUAGUUCAUCGUACUUCAAAUAAACCCUUUAUAAAGGUUACAACGGUUAUACCGAACUCACCCGCUGCUGAGGGAGGUUUGAGAGCUGAUGAUUUGAUAAUUCAAUAUGGUGAUUUGCAUGCGGGAAAUUUCAAGGAAAUGAAGGAAGUUUCCAAUACAACAGCGAACUUCGAAGGGAAACUGAGAGUUACCGUUCUACGUUUUGGAAGAGCAGUUCGCCUCGAGAUUUUUCCCAAACGAUGGUCAGGCAACGGUAUUCUGGGUUGUGGCAUUGUUCCGAUAACGACAUCUGAUGUUAUCUAA